UACGGCAUUGACUACAGUAUUAGCGGUCAUCUAUUGUUUGUGAAUAAUCAGCGCUCAAAUCUGGUCUCACCCUUGCCUUCAAACCACACAAAUUCACUCAACAUUACUCUACAGAAAGUGUUAAACAAACAAAAGUAUCACUUCUUAUCGCGAAUUGCUUUCGAUUGGAUCCAUGAGCUCUUGUAUUGGACGGACGACACCAGUAUUGAAGUAAUUUCAAUACACAGACCAUCUCUACGCUAUGUAUGCGUUGAGAAUAGUUUUGAUGUCAUCCGUAAUGUAGCCAUAGAUCCGUUGGAAUCGCUUAUAAUUUGGAUUCAAUGGCAAGAGAGUGGAGAUAACGAUAAGAUAAUGCGGUCAUCACAAGCGGGAACUGAUGUUAAAGUUGUGGUCGAUUACGAUCUCAAAUAUUCCUAUGCAUUCACACUUGAUGUCAACUCAAAGACAAUCUAUUGGAUUGAUUCCCAAUUAUAUACCCUCUCAUCGAUCGGAUAUUUUGGCCAAAAUCGGAGGACUAUUGCGAAAUCAUAUGAUCUCUUCUCGAGUUCAUAUCGAAUGGAUUUCUUCGCAGAUUAUAUCUAUUGGACUAAUGAUAGACACAAUGCUAUACUUCGUACUCAUCGGACGGGUAGUAACGGCACCAAACGGUUUGUAGUCUUUAAGGCUAACGUAUCAAUAGAUGCCAUCAAAAUAGUAGACAAAACCAAACAACCGAUGAUUGCCCUCAACCGGUGUUUGAACGCCAAUUGCACUCAUCUAUGCCUACCAUCAGGUGUUCAAUCAUUCAUGUGUUUGUGUCCAUCCAUUAAAUAUUAUGAUUAUUCGGCUCAAGAAAAGUGCAGAUCAGAUGACAUAAGCAAAAUAAUGGACGAACAGCAAAAGCCCGACGUGAAACAUAUCGCCGAUAUAGUGGGUGAAUGGGGUAAAUGGCAGUUCCAGUUAAUCACCUUCUGCUUUAUUCUAUGGGGAGUGGCGGCCGUUAAUAACAUGGGUUAUAGUUUUAUGGCAUAUGAUAAUGAUUUUUGGUGCAGUGAUGUUCCACCAGAUUAUCAGUUUAAUUUGGUGUGCGAUCGGAAACACUUCGCAUCAUUUACUCAAACGGCAUAUAUGUUGGGAUACGCGGUCUCUGGACUCAUAUUUGCUCACUAUUCAGACAAAUACGGCCGAAGACCUACUUGUUGUGGACCUAAAUAUAGGGCAGACAUUUCAAUUCUUGGAGGCAUAGGCUGGGUAUUGGGUUACGCGGCUGUACCGGGACUGGCCUUAUGGCUGCAGGACUAUAGAUACUUAUUAUUCGUGUCAUUACUUGGAUUGGGAUCAAUGAUGGUUUGGUAUUACUUUAUGUUUGAGUCCCCGCGUUGGCAGAUAACCAAUGGACAGACCGAUAGAGCCGAACAAACGCUUAGGAAAGCACUGAAAAUAAACGGAAAGUCCGACGAAAAUCUGAAGCAACAGUUGACUGAAUUGUCUGCAUAUUUACAAGAGAUGCAAUCACACGAGAAAUCUGUAAAAAAUCACACAAUACUAGAUUUGGUAAAAACUCCAGCACUUCGUAAAAUAACGUUUAUAUUGUGGUACACUUGGAUUGUCAAUGCACUGCUAUAUUAUGGCCUAAGUUUCAAUAUGUCUGACUUUGGGGGCAAUUUCUACAUAACAUUUCUGUUGUCGGGAAUCGUUGAACUCCCGUCUCAACUGCUUUCAGCACUAAUGCUCCGAUAUAUCGGUCGCUGCAAACUCUUUGGUUUCUUUAUGUUAUUGACUGGUGUUUCGUGUUUCGCAAUAAUUCCCGUCGAAAGGGAUUGGAUUAAAGUGACGUUCGCUUUGAUCGGGAAGUUCGGAGUCAGCAGUUCGUGGAAUGUGAUGGCAAUGCACGGCCCGGAGCUCUACCCCACAGUCUUGAGACAGAGAGGACUCGGCGCCGCUUCAGUGGUCGGAAGGAUCGGUUCCAUUACCGCACCGUUUAUGAAAAAUUUGGCGGCUACUAAUGGUCUGGCAUUAGUGAUGGGACUGUACGGCGUUCUCAUGCUUUCGGGCACUGUUUUGGUUCAGUUCUUACCCGAAACCAAAGGCCGGGAAAUUCCUGACACUAUAGAAGAAGCGGAAAGGGCUGCUUAUCCUACGAAAGUAAAGCAUAUUAAAAACAAAACAAAUUUUUAACAAUUUAUUUUACAUUAACAAUUAAUUAAUUAUUAUAAAUUCACAUUGCAUUACAC